AUGGGGUUCAAGUUCUCUUUCCUCUGUGAUCUGCUUUCAGCCCUCGAGGAUGUUCGGGUCUUGAAAGCGACCACUCAGGCGAGGAACAGGGACCCAGAUGUUCGUGUUGUUACGGAAUGGUUUGUCCGCCAUGGCAAACGGCUUCGUGACCCAGACAACGAUCAACUCGCCCUGCUUUCAUGCAUGUUUCCGGUCAAGCGAACGGACCGAGUGUACUGGCUACAGGAUACCAAUCUCGCAAGGCUUAUCGGCAGAUGCUUGCUUCUUGGGUCCUCUCGGCGACAAGAGCUUGAAAAAUGGCGCGUAUCCGGUGGAGGAGACCUCGGGCAGUGCGUGGAAAAUGUUAUGCGCCAGGCAGAGAACGUCAUUCCCGCUGGUCAAGAGGUUAAUGUAGAGGAGAUCGAUUAUGCGCUGACGCAAAUUGCAUCUCGAUGUCGAUUCUCCGGGCCCACAGUUCGAAGACAACGUUCGGCAGUCGAUGUUGAGGAGACACUCUCCCCGAUAUAUCGGAGACUCAGUAGCAGGGAUGCCAAAUGGCUAACGCGAAUGAUUCUCAAAUCCCACUUCUCUGAGAUUGUACCGGAGAGGCUCACCCUGGCGAGUUAUCAUUUCUUACUUCCACAUCUACUCCUCUUCCAGAACUCCUUCGAAGCCGCCGUCAACUUGAUCUCAUCUCAACCUAUACGCCAUUUCCCUGCGAAACCCGAGCCUAGUCUAGCAAGAGACUUAGGGAAAAUAGCUGUGCACCAUCUCGUCCCGAUCACUGGAACGAAGAUAGGACGCCCGGAGUAUUACAAAGCCCGGAGCAUAAAGCAUUGUUGCAAAAUGAUCGAUCAGCGGAGGAUGAGUGUCGAGAGAAAAUACGACGGCGAGUAUUGCCAGAUUCAUAUCGAUCUUUCAAAGCACCCACAUUCAAUUCAGAUCUUUUCGAAAAGUGGGAAAGACUCGACCGCAGACAGAGCAGGGGUCCACCAAGCAAUCAAAGAUUCAUUGAAAAUAGGACAACCAGAAUGCAAGUUUUCGCAUCGUUGUAUUCUGGAAGGCGAGUUGCUGGUUUGGAGUGAGGAGCGGCAGAGCAUUCUACAAUUUCACAAGCUACGUAAAUUCAUUUCUCGCUCAGGCACUUUUAUUGGAAUAGACUGCGAUUCUCCACCACAGCCCUACGAGCAUUUGAUGAUCAUGUUUUUCGAUAUAUUACUUCUUGAUGACAAUAUUUGUUUGAGAAAACCCCAUCGCGAGAGGCGACUACUGCUUAAGGACACAGUGCAGAUAAUCCCUGGGCUUGCUGAUAUCGCCGACCAGCGAGUUAUCGACUUCUCACGCCCGGAUGGCCAAUCCAAACUCGAGUCAUUCUUUUCCAUGGGAAUUGCUGAGCGAUGGGAAGGGCUCGUUCUGAAAGGAUGCGAGGACCCAUAUUUCCCAAUUUUGAUUAAUCCUGGUGACAGCUGCACCGGUCGUUGGAUUAAGCUUAAGAAGGAUUAUAUCCCGGGACUGGGCGACACCAUAGACGUGGCAUUGAUCGGUGCGGCAUACAAUGCCCGGGAUGCCUCAACUCUUACACGAGAAAAGAGAUUAUCUUGGACGCACUUCUUUGUUGGCUGCCUCGAAAACAAAGAUGCUGUUCUGCAGGGCUCGGCUACACCUAGGUUUUGUAUCGUGGAUGUUAUUGACCACCAUUGUAUGAGUCCGACCAUGAUGCAAACUCUAAGCACGUCUGGGAAGUAUGGUGCUCGAAGAGCGGAUUCCUGUGAUGACACCGAUUUCGAGUACGGACGACCCGGGAUACCCCGAAUGGACGUUGUUUUCAAGACGCCAUUUGUCGUUGAAAUGCUGGGAGGUAGCUUCGAGAAACCCUCAGGUGCCAGAUAUUACACCCUUCGCUUUCCUAGAAUCUUGAAGAUCCAUUCAGAUCGAUCUUUUGAGGAUGCUGUGUCGUUCCGGGAAUUGCAAGAUCUAGCUGGGUCAGCGGUGUCUAUCCCCGAGGAUUCACUGGAAGAAGAGGCGGAGUGGGCGAAGCGCGUGAAGUCUAGCACGUCCAUGGCAGGCUAUAUUCGAGAUCGAUCCCAGAGCGUGUCUACGGUUGGCACUCGUAGUCCUUCAAAAUCUGUUAUCUCGAAUGCGAGUCAGAAUGAAGAGGACUCAUCUCCAUGCCGUUCACGAAAUGACUCAAGACAACACUGCCGAGAGGGCCCACUAUGUCAAACGUCUGAUACGGGGACGGAAACCAUUCCUAUAUAUGUCGAUCGCCGUGCCUCUAAUUCACCAGUCAGUACUGUCGACGCUGACAGCAGUAUACUCGCGAGUAACGGAAACCUGUCAUCACAAGGAGUGUCCCGAAAAAGGAAAGCAUCGUAUUUGACUCCUGAACCUCGCAACGAAAAUGUCGAUACAGACGCAAGAAAACAGAGUACAGCGGAUGUGCUGAAGUAUCCACGCUUGAGGGUAGCUGCUUCUUUUUCUGCCUACCUACCGACCUUUGAAGUUGGUUCUACCCCCAGCAAGUAUGUCACGCGUGAUCAGCAGGUUCUACAACGUCACUCGCGCAAGACGGACUCCGAGCGUCCCAAAUCCCCUCUCUCUGAGAUUCCUCUAUAUGUUAUUUCUGCAACCCACCCUGGACAACACUCGCAAAAGAUUGCCGGGCUUACGAAUGUUGCUCACACGAUCGACGAAUUCUUCCUCAUGCUCAAAUCGACUUGGAUAGCACAGAAGAAAUUCAGCUGUACUGGGCAUAUCUCCCAAAAGCUCACUUUGGGGAUGAUAUUCCUUGAUGAGCUCCACACUCCGCUAGGCCCAAAGCUCAAAGACUUAUGCAAUCGCCUCACACAAACGCUACGCCUCUCUACCCCCAAUCUUCCUCCAGGAGCGCGAAUCUUGAUUCUCCGCACAAAGUUUCUCGAGAUUUAUAGGAGCCUAAAGCACUACCACUUCUGUCUACGGCGGACAUGGGAGAAGCUUAGCCGAGAAUAUUUUUGCGCCUGUAUAGCAUGGGACUGUAAAAGCUACCCCCACACCUCCGUUGAAGAAAUUCCGAGCACAGAUGACUGUGCUGAUCUAGAUGCUCCGAGAGCACAUCCGGACUGGGACUAUAUACCCAAGCCUUGGAUAUUAUCUGAUAGAAAGGAGCUCUUGAUACUUGGGGAGUUUACCUCCUUGGAUCCUCCAGUUCGUGCUGAAACACGAUGA